UUUGAACAUGGUUUUAUGUUACAAUUUGAGUUAUUUGACAAAUUAUUUUGCUUUCAUUUCUGAACUCGCGUCGGAGAAAAUUUGUUAAAGUAUGCAACAGAAUAAGAUGCAAGAUGAAAUUUGGGAUUGUAUUGUUGUUGGGGCAGGCAUAGUGGGCAGUAAUACUGCAAGAUAUGCAGCCUCACUUGGCAAAAAGACCUUGUGUUUAGAACAGUUCUUACUCCCACAUGGUCGAGGUAGUUCUCAUGGACAGUCAAGGGUUACACGCCAUUCCUAUGAUGUAAAACAUUACGCUGAUAUGAUGCCGGAGGCGUUUGCAAUGUGGGAACAGAUUGAACGGAUGGCAAAUGAAAAACUCUUCAUCAACUGCGGCUACCUCACAGUUGACUCUCCUCCCUAUACAGCAAUAAAUAAAAUGAGAGAUUAUUUGGCAGCAAAUGGCGUUGAGACCAAACCCUGUUAACAACAAAGAAUUGAAAGAAAAAUACAUGUUUAACUAUCCUCCUGAUAUGCGUGGAUUGCUUGAACCAACCGGUGGGAUCCUAUUAGCAAAUAAAUGCCUUCAGGCUGUCCAGAGCCAGUUCAAGGAAUAUGGUGGAGUUCUGCAAGACAAUGAAAAAGUAAUGGACAUCAUCCCAGGAAAUAUUGUGCAAGUCAAGACAAGCAAAGGAUUGUACAAGACAAGGAGGCUGAUUUUGACGCCAGGACCUUGGGCAAAUUCGCUUCUCAAACCUCUGGGAAUGAACCUAGAUUUGAAGCCUGUCCGUACAACCGUAUUCUAUUGGAAGGUGAAACAAUCUGGUUUUGCAGCUGAAGAUAACUACCCUUGUUUUGCUGACUAUACGUCUCAAUGUUUGGACACAUUCGGUGGAUUAGUUUAUGGUCUGCCCUGUUAUGAAUACCCUGGAAUGAUAAAGUUUGCGAUACAUGGUGGACCUAUUGUCGAUCCUGAUGCUCGGGAUAUGGCUGAUCACACUGAUCUUGAAAAGAAUGCAUCAGAAUAUGUGAGUCGUCAUAUCAUGGGGGUUGAGGCUAGACCAAGUAUAGUGGAACACUGUAUUUAUUCUGUAUCACCAGAUGACAAUUGCAUAUUAGACCAACAUCCACAGUUUCACAACAUCGUUAUUGGAGUUGGAUUUUCAGGUACGGGGUUCAAAAUUUCUCCAGUAAUUGGAAAGAUUUUGUUCGAGUUGGCAUUCAGUUUAAGACCAAGCUAUGACAUGGAGCCUUUCAUGAUAGCAAGGUUUCAGAAUUCAACAGCAAAAUCCUCUUUAUAAUCUCAAAAAUAAGCCAUUGUAAAACUGACGGUUUAUUAAAUAAAAUUAAACGCUAUUGUAAAGCGAGAAAAAGCCAAAUUAAUUAUUAAGAAACCGCGCGCAGUCGCAAUGAAACAGCACUUAUACCACAAUCACCAACACCACCAUGACCACAUGAGCAAUGUCUUGAGCCGGUUUUCCACCAGCGAUAUUUUUCGCGCGAAUCGACAUUU